AUGAAACGGGCCGACGACAACGGCUGCUGCAGCCGGCUCGCCUGCGUGGCGCUCCUCACGUUGGCCACCAUCUUGCUCACCCUCGCGGCCGUCCUGGGGGCGCUCUACGUGGCGCUGGACCCGAAGCUGCCACGGUACACCGUGCACGCGCUCAACGUGACGGCGUUCGGCAUGGACGACGACCUGACGGCGCGGGCCCGGUUCGACGCGGCGGUGCGGUUCGAGAACCCGAACCGCGCCAUCGGCAUCUCCUACGAGGCCGGGUCCAGCCUCGCCGUGUGGUACGGCGGAUACAGGCUCUCCCAGGGCGCUCUGUCGCCCUUCUACCAGGGCCACCGCAGCAAGGCGGUGGUGGUGCACGUCGCCAUGAGCGAGGCCAGGCUGCAAGGCACCGGGAUGGUGGCCGCCAUGAGGCACGUCAACGAGGCCGGAGGAGAGCUGCCGCUGGUGUUCCGGGGCGAGGUGCCCGUGCGGGUGAAGGUGGGGAGGUUCACGACGGGGAAGGUGACGCCCCGUGUCCGGUGCGACGUCGUGCUGGACAGGCUGAGCACCGAAGGCGUGAUCGGGGUCAAGAGAUUGUCCUGCAACUUGAAGUUCUGGUGA